AUCAACGCCAGAAUCAUAACUAUGCUAUAAAUCUCAUACGUGAAAGCGCUGCUAAUGAAGCUAACCUAUUAUUACAACGAUUCCCAUUACCUGGUAUUGACCCUAUGAUUGUAGUAGUUUCCGCUGAAGCUGGUGCUCAUAGAUUAUAUGAUCACGACCAUUUUUAA